AUGCCUGUCUACAAAAUACAUGGGUUCCAGUGGCCCCGAGGCGGCGUGCCCAGCGUACGAGUUUUUAUCGUUCUAGAAAACCUCGACGACGCUGCAGCAGAGUACAUCCAGCAAAAGAAGACAUCCAAUCUCAUUCUAGAUGCGCUGAAAAAGAACCAUCCCGUGGCCACUGGCCACUUGCCGGAUCUGCAAUUGAUCGAGCAAUACGACCCCUUGGACACGACCGAAGCGGCUGUGAGCCAGCCUUAUGCAUUUGUUGCAGACCGCGUUACCCUCUUGCCCGAACACACGAGGCCAAGACGUGGCCUCAGUGUGAGCAUUGAUCAACAUCAACUAGACGAAACGAUCUCGCCGGAAGCGCGAGAUUCUCUCGCUGAGAUCAGAGAUGCCAUUGCUCCUGGACAGCAAAUUGGCUGGUGGAUUGUGUACAAUGGUGAUCCCGAAAGGUACUUUCCUGAAAUAGACGACGAUGAUAUUAGCUAUGACGGUGCGAGUGUUUUGAGCUCGGAGAACGGCCACUCGUCGGUUUCGGAUUUUCGGUCCGAAUCUCAACCUGAUUUUAAGCAGCCACCUGUUCCUGACAUCCCGCCCCAAUCUCCUACUAUCACUGGACCAGGCUUGAAAAAGAAGAGAUCUUUUUGGAAGCGACGAGCGUGA